AUGAUUCAUAAACAUGCCUUUGAAGCAUUGGAUAGAACCUUAAAAGAUAUAUUGAUGCCUGAUUGUUCAAAUAGCGAAGCUUUACCAUUUGGAGGAAAGGUAAUUGUAUUUGGUGGUGACUUUAGACAGAUUCUUCCUGUUGUUCCUAAUGGCUCUAGACAAGAUAUCGUGAAUGCUUCCCUGAGUUCGUCAUAUAUAUGGAAUAAAUGCAAGUUACUAACGCUAACAAAAAACAUGAGGCUCACUGUUGGCAUGAAUCAUGGUGAUAUUGACAAGACAAAAGAGUUUGCUAAAUGGAUUUUGGAUAUUGGCGAGGGAAAACUUGGUGGUCGCAACGACGGAGAAGCUGUUAUUGAUAUACCUCAAGAACUGUUGAUUACUGAGUCCACUAACCCUAUUGGUAAUCUGAUCAACUUUGUGUAUCCUUCGAUACUUGAAUCGUUCAAUGAUCCAAAUUAUUUUCAGGAAAGAGCCAUACUUGCUCCUAAGAACGACGUUGUUCACGAGAUAAAUGAUACCUUAUUAGCAAUGUUUCCUGGUGAUCAUAAAGAGUAUCUAAGUUCAGAUUCCAUCUGCCAAUCUGAGAAUGUAACUGACCAUAUUCGACACAAUGUUUACCCCCCCGAUGUUCUAAAUGGUCUUAAGGUUUCCAGAAUGCCGAAUCAUAAGUUGGUUUUAAAAGUUGGUGUUCCUAUCAUGCUGUUACGUAACCUUGAUCAGAAAAACGGUCUGUGCAAUGGUACAAGAUUACAAGUCGUAAAACUUGGUGAUCGGAUUAUUGAAGCAAAAGUGAUUUCUGGUAAUAAUAUUGGUACUAGAACUUUUAUACCAAGGAUCAAUAUUUCCCCCUCUGACAAACGAAUACCUUUCAAGCUUCAAAGAAGGCAAUUCCCGAUAGCUGUGUGUUUUGCAAUGACGAUAAAUAAAAGUCAGGGACAGUCGUUAUCUAAGGUUGGUUUGUUUCUAAAGCAGCCUGUUUUCACUCACGGACAACUAUAUGUUGCAGUUUCAAGAGUCAAAAGCAUGGAUGGUUUAAGGAUGUUAAUAUUAGAUGUUGAGGGGAACGUUACUAAUAAGACUACAAAUGUUGUGUACAAAGAGAUAUUCUCAAAUUUAUAG